CCCAGGCUCCCACACCGCCGCACGCCUCGCAAACAUUCCUCGCCGCGCCUCUCGCCCGUCCCGUCCCCAUCCGCGCCAGCGACAGCCGCACGUGCGGCGGCGAGUGGGGGGCUGGGCUUGGGCGGCCGGAAGGGAAACCCUACUGCUGCUCCGACCCGCGUGCCGGCCCCGCCGCGCCACUGCGAGGUCGUCGUCGCCGGCGGCCUCCUCCGACGGCUCCAGCUGCUCCUCCUGGCACCCGGCGCGAUGAGGGCAUCUCCGCCGCCGCCGUCGUCGACGACCGCCUCGCGCGCGACGAGGGCGCUCGCCGCCUCGGCGUGGUUGAUCGUGCUGCUCGGCUCCGCCGCCCUCGCCACCGCCUCCGAUGACGCAGGAUUCUCGCCGCCGCCGACCGCCGUACCCGCGGGUCCGCCGCCCCCGGCACCCCGCGCCGUCGCCGCCGCCCUGCCCGCGCCCCUGCCCCUGGCCCGGAAGAUCCUCCGCCCGCCAGGCGUGGGCGGCGGCGCGGCGGGCAACGUCACCGGCGGCGGAGAGGGAGCAGUGCGCCCGAGCCGGAUGGACGAGGGGUGCGCGGGCGCGGAGGACAUCGAGAUCUACCAGGGCGAGGCGUCGCCGCUGCCGAGCGGGGUGCCGGCGUACAAGGUGGACGUGGUGAACCGGUGCCUGGGCGGCGACCUGGACGGCGGCGAGUGCGCGAUCGCGGGCAUCCACGUGCGGUGCGGGUGGUUCAGCUCGGUGAGCCUGGUGGACCCGCGCAAGUUCCGCCGCCUGGGCCACGACGACUGCCUCCUCAACGACGGCCGCCCGCUGCUCGGCGGCGAGACCAUCUCCUUCGAGUACGCCAACUCGUUCAAGUACGACCUCUCCGUCCGCGUCGCCACCUGCGUCGACCCCACCUCCUCUCCGUAGCCGCCGCAUCAAGCUCCGAUCAUCCGCCCCGUCCCACGAUACGGUAGAAACUCAAUACCACCAGGACACACUAGUCUAGCAGCAGCACAAUACGGUUAGCAGCAGAAUUCUUGGUUCUUGCUUCGCAUGGGUAGGCAGUCAGUCAAGAAAGUGUAAGUAGCUGGUAGUUGAGGGUGAUUUUGUUAGCUUGUUGGAUCGCGCCUGCGAGCGAGCUGAGAGGGACGCUGCGUUAUUUUUUGUUUUUUGUUUUCUUCCCAGAGAUCCAAGAUCACGUGUACUGUACAUGACACGCUCGCAUGCAGCGGUGCAAACUGCAAAGGGACCCCCCGCCCCGGAGGAAAUGCGAACACUUGUUUGGAAUGUGACUUUUGUUUUUUUUGGUUCAA